UUCUCAUACGCUUUGCUUUGUUCCAAUUCUGCUAUGAGACAAUCAAGUUUGGCUUGAUUCUUGAGAAUCCUAGUUUGCCUCGUCGAAGAUCUUACUCUCCUAGCACUAGAUUUUCGGAAAUGCCUAACCACAUCGUCGGAGCUUGGACUAACGUCAGCGGAGAGAGCUUUGAACCAGAAACUGAAGCUUUAAGAUCCUUCAAGAAUGGUAUUUCCAACGACCCUUUAGGAGUAUUGUCGGAUUGGACCAUCACCGGUUCGGUACGACACUGCAAUUGGACCGGAAUCACUUGCGAUAGUACCGGUCACGUUGUCUCGGUUUCCUUGCUGGAGAAGCAACUUGAAGGUGUUCUGUCUCCAGCCAUAGCAAAUCUCACCUAUCUCCAGGUUCUUGAUCUCACUUCAAAUAAUUUUACCGGAGAAAUACCGGCUGAAAUCGGAAAGUUAACCGAGCUUAACCAGCUUAUUCUUUACUUAAACUAUUUCUCUGGUUCGAUUCCUUCUGGAAUUUGGGAGCUAAAGAAUAUUUCCUAUCUUGAUCUUAGAAAUAAUUUGUUGUCCGGUGAUAUUCCUGAAGCAAUCUGCAAAACCAGUUCUUUGGUAUUGAUAGGGUUUGAUUACAACAACUUAACCGGGAAAAUACCAGAAUGCUUAGGAGAUUUGGUUCAUCUCCAAAUGUUUGUAGCAGCUGGUAACCGGUUAAUUGGUUCGAUCCCGGUAUCAAUUGGUACCCUGGCUAAUCUGACGGAUUUAGACCUGAGUGGAGAAAUACCGGCUGAGAUCGGAAACUGCUCGAGCUUGGUCCAACUUGAGCUUUAUGAUAACCAGUUAACCGGGAAAAUACCAGCUGAAUUAGGGAAUUUGGUUCAGCUGCAAGCACUCCGGAUAUACAAGAACAAACUUACUUCUUCAAUUCCAUCCUCAUUGUUUCGGUUAACGCAGUUAACCCAUUUGGGGUUAUCAGAAAACCAGUUGGUUGGACCGAUAUCGGAAGAAAUCGGUUUUCUUAAGUCACUUGAAGUCCUCACACUUCAUUCCAACAACUUCACAGGAGAGUUUCCACAGUCCAUCACAAACUUGAGGAACUUGACAAUUGUAACGAUGGGGUUCAAUAAUAUUUCCGGCGAGCUUCCGGCGGAUCUAGGUCUUCUUACAAAUCUUCGGAACCUUUCGGCACACGACAAUCUUCUUACCGGACCAAUACCUCCUAGCAUAAGUAAUUGCACCAGUCUUAAAGUCCUGGACCUGUCUCAAAACCAGAUGACUGGCAAGAUCCCGCGGGGUUUCGGACGGAUGAAUCUUACGUUUAUUUCUAUAGGGCGGAAUCAUUUUACCGGUGAAAUUCCAGAUGAUAUCUUCAACUGUUUAAACGUGGAAACUCUUAGUGUGGCAGAUAACAACUUAACCGGAACUCUCAAGCCAUUAAUUGGGAAGCUUCAGAAACUCAGGAUUUUGCAAGUUUCAUAUAACUCUCUCACUGGACCGAUUCCUCGAGAGAUCGGGAAUCUGAAAGAUUUGAAUAUCUUGUACCUUCAUGCUAAUGGUUUUACAGGGAGAAUCCCGAGAGAGAUGUCGAAUCUCACUCUCCUCCAGGGGCUACGGAUGCAUACAAAUGAUCUUGAAGGUCCAAUUCCUGAAGAAAUGUUUGAUAUGAAGCAACUCUCAGUUCUUGAUCUAUCCAACAACAAAUUCUCAGGUCAAAUUCCUGCCUUGUUCUCCAAGCUUGAGUCUCUUACCUACUUGAGUCUACAAGGAAACAAGUUCAACGGGUCUAUCCCUAGAAGCCUUAAGUCUCUUUCGCUUCUCAACACAUUUGAUAUCUCCGACAAUCUUCUCACCGGAACCAUCCCUGAGGAGCUGUUAUCUUCGAUGAAAAACAUGCAGCUUUACCUCAACUUCUCAAACAACUUGUUGACUGGAACCAUCCCAACCGAGCUUGGAAAGCUUGAAAUGGUUCAAGAAAUCGACUUUUCGAACAAUCUCUUUUCCGGGUCUAUUCCAAGAUCUUUACAGGCCUGCAAAAACGUCUUCUCACUGGAUUUUUCGCGGAACAAUCUCUCGGGUCAGAUCCCAGAUGAAGUCUUCCAACAAGGAGGCAUGGAUAUGAUCAUAAGCUUGAACCUUUCAAGAAACAGUUUCUCUGGUGGAAUCCCCGGGAGCUUCGGGAACUUGACGCAUUUGGUCUCCUUGGAUCUCUCGAGUAACAAUCUCACAGGUGAAAUUCCAGAGAGUCUCGCGAAUCUUUCGACUCUGAAACAUCUGAAACUAGCUUCAAACCACCUCAAAGGCCAUGUUCCUGAAAGCGGUGUGUUCAAAAACAUCAACGCGUCUGAUAUGAUGGGAAACACAGAUCUAUGUGGUAGCAAGAAGCCUCUCAAGCCAUGUAUGAUCAAGAAGAAGUCGAGCCACUUCUCGAAGAGAACCAGAAUCAUCGUGAUUGUUCUUGGAUCAGCCGCUGCUCUUCUUCUUGUGCUGCUUCUUGUUCUGUUUCUCACCUGUUGCAAGAAAAAGGAAAAAAAGAUUGAAAACUCAUCAGAGUCCUCAUUACCAAAUUUGGAUUCAGCUCUGAAGCUAAAGAGAUUCGAUUCAAAAGAGUUGGAACAAGCAACAGAUUCUUUCAACAGUGCUAACAUCAUUGGUUCAAGCAGCUUAAGCACAGUGUACAAAGGUCAGCUAGAAGAUGGGACAGUGAUUGCAGUAAAAGUAUUGAAUCUGAAGCAAUUCUCUGCUGAAUCAGAUAAAUGGUUUUACACAGAAGCUAAAACAUUGAGCCAACUAAAACAUCGAAACCUGGUGAAGAUCUUAGGGUUUGCUUGGGAAAGCGGCAAAAUGAAAGCUUUAGUGCUUCCAUUUAUGGAGAAUGGAAGCUUGGAAGACACGAUUCACGGCUCUGUUACACCGAUCGGGUCGUUAUCCGAGAGAAUCGACCUCUGUGUUCAUAUCGCAAGCGGAAUCGAUUAUCUUCAUUCUGGAUUUGGUUUCCGUGAAGAUGGAAGCACCACAGCUUCAACAUCAGUCUUCGAGGGUACAAUUGGAUACUUAGCUCCAGAGUUUGCUUAUAUGAGCAAAGUGACAACAAAAGCUGAUGUAUUCAGCUUCGGGAUCAUAAUGAUGGAGCUAAUGACGAGACAGAGACCAACUUCGUUGAAUGAUGAAAAGUCACAAGGCAUGACUUUGCGUCAAUUGGUAGAGAAAUCAAUUGGAGAUGGAAGAGAAGGGAUGAUUAGGGUUCUUGAUUCAGAACUCGGAGAUGCUAUUGUUAGUCUGAAACAGGAAGAGGCCAUUGAAGAUUUGUUGAAGCUUUGUUUGUUCUGUACAAGCUCUAGACCUGAAGAUCGACCUGAUAUGAACGAGAUUCUUACACAUCUGAUGAAAGUUAGAGUCAAAGCAAAUUCAUUUCAAGAAGAUCGUAACGAUGAUCGAGAAGUUUAGCAGCAAAGCUUUCUUCUUUGAUGACAAUUUUUCGAAUUUGCAAACUCUGUUACGAAGGUUGAAUACUUUGGACGUAAAACGUUUUGAUUUCUGUCAUCAAGGUAAUGCUGAUAAGUAAAUGAAAUGAAUACCAAGUACAUUG